UCAAGGCGGAUUUGACUUACAGUCACUCGGUUAGGUGAAUUAUUUGUCACGCUUGACUUGAAUGAACGCAACUCAGACGGAAAGGAUACUUCUGAGGAAGAUGAUCCCAGACGGUAUUCUUUAUGAAAUACCGCGCAUGGCCUAUUAAGAUUUCAUUUUCUGCAGCUGCAUACGAUUUAACAUCUGUAAUGAUUGGAUUUGAAAAUGGAGGCAAUAUCCGAGAAGGAAAUAGUGUCUGGGCAUCAUUGAAAAUGCAAGACUUGAUUCAGAAUCGAAGAGCUCCAGACCGCCAUUGGAUUUCAUUAGGCUUUCCGAUAUCGAUUGAUGUGGAAUGCAUGUAAAAAGUCAAGGGAAACUGGAACAUUAAAACCCCUUGUUUUAACGAUAGAAUAUUGUUUCUGGAUUAUAUGGUAGCAGUGGCGAUUUUACCGAAAUAUAUUUGAAUAUUUUGAGAGUGGGGGGAAGAUGAUUAACGCUUGGCCACACAAGUGCGAAGCGCCGUAGGGAAAAAAUGAAAGGCCACAAUUACCCUGAUACAACAAAAAAGGAUUGUCAAAGGAAAUUCUCUGGGGAUGGUCAAUUUCUCCAUGUGGACUGAAGAAAAGUAUGUUCACUGAAAAUAAAAGCAAGUGAAGAUGAAUAUUCAAGUCUGAAAUCUAGAGGGAAAUAUUUCUGAUGUAGAAAAUUGUAAUUUACUUUGGAACUCCUUUGAAACAAUCGUCGAUUUACUGAGAUUUCAUCCAAUAUCAAGGAGAACCUUUGCUUCUAUAUUUGUGGCGCACAAUUGUACACAAUGCCACUUCACAAAGAGAGGCCACCAUGGUUUAAUUGCAUAUUGAGAGUGGUGAUGAUGCCUCCAGUACGAAAGGGAUUUGAUAUUACCUUCCUUCUUUGGAUACUCGGAUUUACAUUAAAGGGCAGCCUGGUGCUUUGCCAGAAACUCGAUGAACCCUACCCAGUGGUGAACACCAAUUAUGGCAGACUGAGGGGGAUCAAAAAAGAACUAAGUAAUGAAAUCUUGGGUCCAGUAAUCCAGUACCUUGGUGUGCCAUAUGCUGCUUCACCAACAGGAGAACGUCGUUUCCAACCCCCUGAACCGCCUUCUUCUUGGUCAGAAAUACGAAAUGCCACCCAUUUUGCACCAGUCUGUCCCCAGAAUAUACAUGGUAUGUUGCCAGAUGUAAUGCUCCCCGUGUGGUUUACUGCCAACUUGGAAGUAAUUGCAUCUUAUGUUCAAGAACAGAAUGAAGAUUGCCUCUUUCUAAACAUAUAUGUGCCUACUGAGGAUGUAAAAAGAAUAUCGAAGGAAUGUGCCAGAAAACCGGGCAAGAAAAUAUGUAGAAAAGGAGGUCCCCUUGCAAAGAAACAGGCUGAUGAUUUAGGUGAUAAUGAUGGCACAGAAGAUGAAGAUAUUCGUGAUAGUGGACCCAAACCUGUUAUGGUCUUCAUCCAUGGUGCAUCAUACAUGGAAGGCACAGGAAAUGUAUUUGAUGGUAGUGUACUGGCGAGUUAUGGCAAUGUCAUAGUCAUCACACUCAACUAUCGGCUUGGCGUUUUGGGAUUCCUGAGCACUGGGGACCAAGCCGCGAAAGGAAACUAUGGGCUUCUUGAUCAAAUACAAGCUUUACGAUGGAUUAGUGAAAAUAUAGCUUUCUUCAGCGGCGAUCCAUUAAGAAUAACUGUUUUUGGAUCUGGUGCUGGGGGCUCUUGCGUCAAUUUGUUGACUUUGUCCCAUUAUUCUGAAGGUAACCGUUGGAGCAAUUCAACCAAAGGCCUUUUUCAGAGAGCAAUAGCACAAAGUGGUACUGCUUUGUCCAGCUGGGCAGUCAGCUAUCAGCCAGCAAAGUUCGCAAGGCAGUUGGCCACAAAAGUUGGCUGCAACAUGAUAGAUACCAUUGAGUUGAUUGAAUGUUUACGUUCUAAACAGUACAAGGAACUUGUUGAACAAGACAUACAACCUGCAAGAUACCAUAUUGCCUUUGGACCAGUCAUUGACGGAGAUGUUAUACCAGAUGAUCCUCAGAUUCUCAUGGAACAGGGGGAAUUCCUUAAUUACGACAUCAUGCUGGGAGUAAAUCAAGGUGAGGGAUAUAAAUUUGUUGAAAGCAUAGUGGACAACGAGGAUGGAGUAUCAGCCAGUGAUUUCGACUUUGCUGUGUCUAAUUUUGUGGAUAACUUGUAUGGUUAUCCUGAAGGCAAGGAUGUCCUGAGGGAGACCAUCAAAUUCAUGUACACAGAUUGGGCGGACCGGCAUAAUCCCGAAACACGGAGGAAAACAUUGCUGGCUUUGUUUACUGACCAUCAGUGGGUGGCACCAGCAGUGGCUACAGCUGACCUACAUUCAGGGUUUGGUUCACCCACUUUCUUCUAUGCCUUUUAUCAUCACUGCCAGAGUGACAUGAUGCCAGCUUGGGCUGAUGCAUCUCACGGAGAUGAAAUUCCUUAUGUCUUUGGGGUCCCAAUGAUUGGUGCAACUGAACUUUUCCCUUGUAAUUUCUCCAAAAAUGAUGUCAUGCUAAGUGCUGUUGUGAUGACCUACUGGACUAACUUUGCAAAAACAGGUGACCCAAAUCAACCGGUCCCUCAGGAUACCAAAUUUAUCCACACCAAACCAAACCGCUUUGAAGAGGUUGCCUGGUCAAGAUAUACUCAGAAAGAUCAACUCUACCUGCACAUUGGACUGAAACCGCGCGUUAAAGAGCAUUACAGAGCCAAUAAAGUCAACUUAUGGUUAGAGCUGGUUCCUCACUUACAUAGUUUGAAUGACAUUUCCCAGUAUACGUCUACAACUACUAAAGUCCCGUCUGAAAUUACAAACAGACCAUCAAAGAAGUGGUCUGUCACCACGAAACGUCCUGUGACCUCGGUCUUUCCCACUGUCAAGCAAGACGACCAGAAGCAUUCUGCGGGCCCUUUCUUGGUUGAUCAAAGGGACUACUCAACGGAGUUAAGUGUUACCAUUGCGGUUGGAGCUUCCCUUUUGUUCUUAAAUAUCCUUGCCUUUGCAGCGUUGUAUUAUAAGAAGGAUAAAAGGAGGCACGAUGUUCACAGAAGAUGCAGCCCUCAACGCAACACCGCCAAUGACCUAACUCAUGCACAAGAAGAAGAAAUUAUGUCCCUGCAGAUGAAGCACACUGAUCUUGAUCACGAAUGUGACUCCAUCCAUCCACACGAGGUUGUUCUGCGGACAGCCUGCCCUCCGGAUUACACAUUAGCAAUGAGGCGAUCCCCAGACGAUAUACCUUUAAUGACACCGAAGACCAUUACUAUGAUUCCAAAUACUAUACCUGGUAUGCAGCCGCUCCACACGUUCAACACAUUUACAGGAGGACAAAACAACACUCUUCCUCAUCCUCAUCCCCACUCACAUUCAACAACUAGGGUAUAGCCAGGCAAGAUCUGAAGAUAACAACAACUCAAAAAGUGUGAGAUUGCGAGUGAAGAUCAUAUUUGAAUUGGUGUUCAUGGUGCAUGACCAUUACUAAAUAUUAAGAGGAAACAAUCUGUGGUAAUUGUCUUUAAUACAGUUGGAUAAAUUCCUAAAAGGCAAGUAAGUUUGGACCCGUCUGAUCAAUUAAACAAAUUCUAGUAGAUGGCAAUAUUUUGCAGUUCUCUUGGGAAAGGAGAAGUAUUUUUCUCUGAAGACUUUGAACUACAUGUUCUGCUUUGGUGCCAAAGCAAUGUUGUCCCGUUAGGCAUGUGUUGCACUAAUGAAGAAGGAUUUAAAACAAUAACUUUGAAGACUGCACAAAUGCACAAGGAGCAAGUUCCUAGAAUGAAACAAAUUCUGUCUAUUUUCUUUUUGGAACAAUGCCAUUGUUCAAAUUUGCUAAUGAAAUGUACAUUCAGUACAUGCUGUUAAGUUUUGUGUAGAGUAUUCAUGCACAAGGAUAUGACUGCUUUCUUUCAAUGAGACAGAAGAAUAGACCAAUUACUGCCAUGAACAGCUUUUUGCAAAGUGCUUUCAACACAAUUUCGGCAAACAUGCGACAGGACAUUUUUAGCACGAUGCGCAUGAUUAUUUAUCUGCUUUGUGACUGUGCUGCUCAAUAAGCUGUGAUAAGAACAUACUUUGCUUCCCCAUAAAAAUUAGUAUUAAAAACACUUCCUUCACCAGAUGACAACCUGAGGAAGAGUUUGAUGCAAAUCCAAUCAAUAAGUUCUUGGUAGUUUCAAUAAACAGAUCAAAGAAAGUAGUUUUGUACAAAAAUGUGCUAGAAUAAUUGUUGACGUAAACACAGUCAUAAAUUCUAGAAAAGGGAAUUUUCGGUGUUGUAAUUUUUCUUCAUCAAAUUCCAGUCCUUUUCUAAUUAUUUAGUGCCAGCUUAUCAAACAGCAGUAAAAGGAAUCUAGUUUGCUCUCGUUCGCAAGUAUCAUUGACAGUGUGGUUGACAGCAGUAUGUUCAUUCUAACAAUGUGCUAUUGAGAAAUGAGACCCUAUGCCAAAAUAAAUAAAGAUUUAAGUAAAGUUAAAGUUAGUUUUAUUAAAUAACAAGUUGAUCAGAAAUUCUCAGAAUGCGAAUGCAUUGGGAAGGAUAUUGAAUUCAGAUUAUUUUGCAAUAACAUUGGCAUAAAAUGUAUAACAAAAUAGCAGAAUGUGAUUAACCAUCCUUCUUUCAAUUAGUUAUGUGAAUUGAAAAGUUUACAACCUGCUUAAUGUCAUGUUACCAUUGAUUGGAUAUAACACCACUGCCACUUUUAGGAGGACAUCAAAAUUGCCAGACGAACUUUCGCCAAAUUAUUUUUAUUUUCUGUUGUAUAAAUGACUCACAACAUUUGAUUUUGUUAUGCAUGCCCCAAAACACUUUUCGUUUAUCUGAAAGCAUGUUAAAAAUUCAUAGUUUUUCCCUUUAAAAAAAAAUAUUUGUUGCGGGCAUCUUUAUAUGACAGCCAUUGAAUUACUCCUGAUCAUCUGCUCCACGUAUACAAGCAGUGUGUAACAGAUUUCAUAUGGUUCAUCGUAAAUCAUGCAAACCUAAAUGAAAUCAAUUAAAUUAAAUAACUUAGUGCUGCAUAGAUAUUUGCUGUUUAUUAAACUAUUUCCUAAUAAGCACGAGUAUCAGAACUGAUUUGGAAUUGUUUUACUCAAGAAAGCUUUUGAUUAAUAAUCUGGAAAAAAAUGAGUAAUAGGAAGAGAUUUCUCCAAGUAGUUUUGCGACAUGCGAGGCAAUUUAUGAUGUGAAUGGAUAAUGCUCAUUAAUUACUUAAUGCAGUGUUAAAACUUAGAAUAAAACUUUUGAGUUUUAUGGUUUCCCUAGACUCCUAGCAAUUAAUUAAUUCUCAUAUAAAUGAUUGUGGUUUGUAAAGCAGUUGUUUACUUAAUUUCAUUAAGUGAUUUUUUUUUUUGGAAAGUCUGGACCUUUUUUGCAUAAGUUUGCAUUUGGUAACAACAUGCUAAUUUGAUUUGAAAUACAUUAAAAAUGAAGGAACAGAAAUGUUCUUUAUUGUGCUGUGCUUUCUGUAAAUGAUUUACCUUGGAAUUGCUGUAAUUUACAUGCGCAUUGCUUCUGUUGUGUUAAAUAUCGAAAAGAUGCUGCGCAGUUACUAUUCGCUAAUAGACAUUAGAACUGUAACCACCUGUAAAAACAUUUUUUUUUAUAUUUUGUUCACAAAGAAAAGUCCGGUUCGGUUUAUUCUCGAGGAACCUCAACAUGAGAAAUCUACAUAUUUUGUAAAUAUUUGCAAAUGAGUAUUCUGCUCUGAGAGCUCCUGGUGACAUUAUCUGUAAAAUGUAUGUAGAAGGUUUUAAAAUUGUUCAUAGUUGACGGCAUGCAGUAUAGCAUCGGUUGUGAUCCCUUAUACAUUCAGUAUGGACAUGCUAUUUAUGAAAUCUGACAAGAAAGAAGGAUUAGAAUGGGAAUGAAUACUUAAAAACGUUUUACUCCAAUUUUAUAACUUCACAAUUUUGCUAAUUUGGAUUUUUUUGAAUUAAAUUACAAGAUAUCAUGAACUUAAACUGAAUUUAUGACAUAUUGCGGCUUUAAUUGUUGUAAGAAGGCAGAACAUGAGAUUUAUUGCGUGUAUUUCACAUGAAUAUUGUGACACAACUGGGGAAAUUAAAAUAAUAAGGGCUGUCAAAA